UUUUUCUUUUUGUCUUUUCUCUCUCUUGUGUCUCUCUUUUUUCACAUUAUGUACAGGCUUCUCUUACUAUUGAUUUUUAUAUUACAGAGUGCGUUACUACAAGCCGCCGGCAUAGAAAACCCAGUGUUUUGGGAGCGUAGUUUUACAAUCAAUAUCUCGAAUCCUAAUAGUAUAGGAACUCUAAUACAAACUACUUCAUACAUGGCUACUUCACAAGAUUUCCAAGGCAUUUAUGUUGAUAAUAACCCUCGUAAUGCACCUGAUAGAAUUAUUUUCAAUUUUGGAGAAAGCUGUCCUUCCUCUAAUACGACAAUGGAUACACUUCGGCAAAUCAAUUUCAACAGUAUCCAAGCAGCAGCAAUUCAAAGAGCAGAGAAAAUAGCGCUGGUGAAACGAGGCAAUUGUAGCUGGAGUGAGAAAGUUAAGACAGUCAACCAGUUAUCAACAGCCAACACAAUCAACAUUUCGGCUGUCUUUAUCUACGAUAAUGAUACUCAUGGCAAUAGUAUUGAUAUACAAAGAACUGCUGUUACAGGCUCGGGUAGCAUAGCUCCUCCUAUUUACCCUGAUGCAUUGCCUGUUGCUCGUUCUGUCUUGAACAUGACUGAUAAUGAUUUAGACCCUUCCAGCCCUUCUACAACAACUGUUUAUUUUGUACCUUAUAUAUAUGGCAAUCAAUUUGUUCAAAGAAUCAACCAAAUGUACAAUGCAAGCAACCCUGACAUGAGACAAUAUUGGCUAUUGACGCCUUAUUUGGAAGAAGUGAGUUGGGGCUAUUCUGGUGGUGAUGGCUUCUUCUCUACAGGCCGAGGUUAUUUAUCUUACAUCAUUGCACUUGCUGCCAUCUUUCUGAUAGGUGUCAUUGUGAUACGCUGGUGGAAGAUUCGACGUAUGCGAAAUGAACUUGCUAAUGGUUACAAUGGAUACAGUGGCAACAAUGGCUUCCCUAUGCAACCUAGAAAUAAUCAACUUGAUCCUCUUCCUGUGGAUAUUGUUAAUAGUAUGCCAAUCGACAAGUAUUCUGUUGACUUGAUUAAGAAUAUCAACUGCGCCAUUUGUUUAGAGGAUUUUGCGCCCGGCAAAAAUGACGUUCGAAUCUUACCUUGUGGUCAUGGAUUUUGUGUGCUAUGUAUUGAUCCCUGGCUUACUCAAAAAUCAACCAUGUGUCCUAUUUGUAAAUGGGAUUGUUUGCCUGUUGAUCUUCGUCGAGAAAGAGAGCAACAACAACAACAACAACAAGCAAAUGUAGACAAUUCGGCAGUCGCAGUUGAUAUGACGCCUGGUCUUUCUCAUACACAAGAACAGCCUUUAGGAGAAGCAAAUCAUUCACAGCAUUCUACGAUUAUACCACCACCUAUUCUCCCUGCUUCUUCUCCCCCUUCUCCUCCACUUAACUCCAAAAACCCUUUUAUUGAUAGAGAAACAUCCUCAUCUACACCUAAGAAUGAAGAGACAGUUGAAAAUUCAAUUACUACACCAUUCUCUAAUACAAACGAAGCUUCCUCAAGUACUGCUGAUUUAUUAGAGAAGAAGGAUCCAGCAACAAAGCACUAAUUCUAUGUUGUAUAUAAUUUAUUGCUGUAUAAUAAUAAUAAACUAAUAUGUUUUUUCGUUCGACUAAA